AUCAAGGAAAAUUAUGGGCUCAUCCCAUCCACUGUGAAGUUGGUUGGAAGUUGUCACUUGGUUUGAAAUUAAAAGAGGAGCAAGAGGGAUUGAAGGAGGUGACACCUGAGAGCCCUGGGUCACCCAACCCCAUCCAGCCCCUGCCGCCGCCGCUUUGUUCCAUAUUUAGUUCCUGACAACUGUGCCUGGGGCAGGGACUCCCAGCUCUGUUUUCCCUCCUCCCUCAGCUCCCAGAGCUCUCAGAAAUUUUUCUUUCUCUCUCCCAGUGGCCACAGCUCGGUCUCAGUGUCUUGGGGAAGAUGGCAGAGAAGCAGGAGGAGCCCAGCAAUGCUCAGAACGGGGAACCCGACAAUGCUGAGGAGGGCGAGGGGAAGAAGAAGAAGGUGAAGAGGGAGGACCUGCCACCCUUUGAGAUUGUGACAGGGGAACGCCUCCCAGCCAUCUUCUUCAAAUUCCAGUUCAGGAACGUGGAGUACAGCUCGGGCAGGAACAAAACCUUCCUGUGCUACGUGGUGGAGACGCAGGGCAAGGAGGCGGCCACCAGCCGCGGCUACCUGGAGGACGAGCACGCGGCCGCGCACGCCGAGAUGGCGUUUUUCAACAACAUCCUGCCCAAGUGCCAGGCGGGUGCUCGCCACGAUGUCACCUGGUACGUGUCCUCCAGCCCCUGUGUCACCUGCGCGCAGGGGAUCUGCGAGGCGCUGCGCAAGGACAAGGGGCUGCGCCUCACCAUCAUGGUGGGCAGGCUCUUCAUGUGGGAGGAGCCCGAGAUGCAGGCGGCCCUCAGGAGCAUGAAGGAGGCCGGCUGCAAGCUGAGGAUUAUGAAGCCUCAAGACUUUGAGUAUGUCUGGAAGAACUUUGUGGAGCAGGAGGAAGGGGAGGAGGCCAAGUCCUUCGUGCCCUGGGAGGAUAUUCAGGAGAAUUUUCAGUACUACGAGGAGAAGCUGGCUGAGAUCUUGCACUGAGCUCAGGAUCAGAAAGGAUCCAUGAAGAGAUGACAGACCUGGACACCUGGGACAGUCCUGCUUCCCCAAGCUUUGAUUCCAGCAGGAUGGAGAACCAGCCUCUGGGAGACAAGGCCCUGUGGGACUCCAAACACACACACACAACACAGACCUCUGGUGUUUGGGAUUUUUUGGGUGUUUUUUGUUCCUCCCCCUCCCUGCCCCAACCAAACCCAUGCUGUGAUGAAAGGGAUGGCAGUGAUCCACAGGCAGGCUGUGGGAUCACAUUCUGGGAAUGUUUCAUGGGAAGAGAUCUUAGAACAAAGCUGCUGGUUAGAUAAAUGCUUUAGAAAGGGGAAAAGAAAGGGAUUUAAGGUGAAAAAGAAGUUUUCUCCCUCUGUUCUCCUCAAGUCAGAGCUGUGAUUUAAUUCAGGCCCAACAGCUCUUGUCCAAAUCAUGAUGGAGCCCAAGAACUCGAUAUCAAAAGAUGAUGUUUGGGAUAUAAACCUGGGAAAAGCAAAGUGAAAUAAAAUGGGAAGCCACUGCAAAAGCCAAA